AUGAAUGAACCUCGAUAUACGACAACCACAACGGUGGUUGAAACAACGGAAUAUAUGUCGCCAUCGGAUUCGCCAACCUACGCGGUGACAGGGCCAAACGUCGAUUUCUCAUAUGUACGAACAUUGGGUGGAAUAAUGAAAUGUGUCUGUAUCGCAUUGUGCCUGCUGUGCUUCUUAUGCGUUCUGAUCGGUGGACCCNGUUAUUUUAUUAUAAAUUUAUAUUUUUUUGAACAGAUGACGGGGCCAAACGUCGAUUUCUCAUAUGUACGAACAUUGGGUGGAAUAAUGAAAUGUGUCUGUAUCGCAUUGUGCCUGCUGUGCUUCUUAUGCGUUCUGAUCGGUGGACCCGGCUAUUACAGCGUUAAGACUUUAGGCGCCGGAUGGGCGACUUUUGUCUCAUCUGUGGGUCUCUGUGUGAGCACUACGCUACUGUUCCUGUACCUGUUCAGAGUGGUUGAUGCUCUUCCUCAAGUUCCUUGGAUAGUUGGGGAGAUGUGCUUCUGCUUCGCAUGGACCAUCUUCUUCUUCAUAGCGGCUUGCGUACUGGCAGUGGCCGCAGCACGUUUCACAGCAACUGGAGGAUGGGCUGUGGCAGCGUUUUUCGCAUUUGGAGCAAUGUGUGCCUAUGGAUUUGACUGCUAUUUGAAGUUUCUUUCUUGGAAAAACAACGAGGUUGGUUNGGUUGGUUCACCUGCUGUAACAAAUACAUGA